ACUGAACAACGCGUUACGUUUUCAAUAUACCGUGUGAGUGUGACAUAACUUUGUCAAUGUUUCAUUAAUAUACAAUUACAUUGUCUGUCAAUGUUACACAUCGAGUUACAGGACAUUAUGAACCUCAAGAGAGAGCCCAGCGAAUUAGAGAACAGCCUGGUGGGUUUACAUGAGAAAGUCCGCAUCAAACAGGAGCCAGUUUGUGUUGCGGAAGAAGAACAAACUACAGAGCUGGAUCUAUAUGCAGACCAUGAAAUCAAGGAAGAAAUGGUCAUAGGCCCAGUUGUGUUGCAGUUUCCUAAUGUAGCUCAAGCAAGAUGUGGGCAGAGCAUAUUUGAUAAGUUGAAUGUUGAUGUUCAAUUGAACAAGUGUGAUGUUUGCAAUAGGGGUUUUAUAAAAAAACAUGAACUUAGGAGUCAUAUAAUGACUCACACUAAAAAGAAGAAACACCAAUGUGAGUUUUGUAACAAAUCUUUUACUAAGAAAGGAAAUCACAGUAGACAUUUAACAACUCAUACUGUAAAAAAAUCUUAUAUUUGCGACUACUGUCAUAAAUGUUAUACCUCAAGACAAGGAUGUAUAAAACAUUUAUGGACUCACACUGGAGAGAAACCACACAAGUGUGAUAUUUGCAAUAAAGGUUUUUUAGCAACAGGGCAACUUAAAUAUCAUAAAAUGACUCAUACUGGAGAGAAACCACACAAGUGUGAUAUUUGCAGUAGAGGUUUUUUAACAACAGGACAACUUAAAUGUUUUCUGUGGAAAUAUGAGCUCAACUCUCAUGAAAUGAGCCACAAGUCGUUUGAUAAGCAACCAUACCAGUGUAACAUUUGCAAUAAAGGUUUUCUUAGAAUACAUGACUAUAUACAUCAUGAAAUGAUUCAUACUGGAGAGAGACCGUACAAAUGUGAUGACUGUGAAGAAUCUUUUGUCCUUAAAUCAAAUCUUAAAAAACAUUUAAGGAGUUGGAGUCAUGCAGAAAAAACUUAUUAUGUUAAAAAAUGA